AUGCCCCUCACCAUAGCAGGCAUCAACCCUAGCUCGUCGACCAUCGACCACUUCCGGCGGCAGAUCUACCGCCCACGGCUCUGCCUGCUGCUGCUCUUGCUCCUUCUGAGCCCGCACAAUGCACCGCUCGACACCGACUCGACCGCUGUAAGCUCGGACGGCCCGCCCUCUGGCGCUGCGACCGGCGGCCAGUCGAGCUCGAGCACCGAGUGGACCGUCUCAAUCAUCGACGGCCUCGUAGUCGCCGCACCCAUUCGCCCCGCCAGCAACCCCCUCUCCCUGCAUGCUCCGCCGUCGACACCGCCGCAGCUCGCCCCCUUUGCCGCGCUCUCUUCUCCACCCAGCAACGGCAGUCCCGCUCCCUCGACGGCCACCGCCCCGUCGCAGCCCACGCCCGCGAGCGCCUCCAGCGCCGAGCAUCGCUCCGCCGCCUCGUCCCAUGACGCCCAGCCCGCGCCGGGCUCUCUUUUCAAGCUGCCAAAGCCCAGCUGGGGCCUUCUCAUCGACAGCCAUGUCCUGCCCGCCGUGUUCACGCUCCACGCCCUGUGGGGCAUCCGCUUCGUCGGCAUGGCCAUCGAGGACGGCGUGGUGAAAAGCUCCCUGAUCGGCUCAAGGUCCCGCUUCCACGCCUUCACCUUGCCCCUGAUCCAGCUUUCUGUCCUGGCCGUCCUUGCCCUCUCGAUUGGCACGCCUCCCUUCAUCGACGCCGUGGCAUUCCGGUGCAGUGCCAAGCGGGCCUCCCUUGGCCUCGAAACCGUUCCCCUCGGCUCCGCCCGACGUCAACAGACGCUCCUGCCCAUCAAGCUGCUCGUGGCCCUCGAGCUGGCAGCAGUCUUGCUUUCUCUCGUCUCUACGCUGUUCAAGAUCGACGACGCCGCUCUCGAUUUCCUGCCAAAGGUCGUUCGUCUGCCCUCGCCCUCGCACUCGCCCAGCAUCAUCGAGCUGCUCCCGCUGCCUCCAGGCCUCGCAGCGGCACUGUCUGGAGCGCCGGCGUCCUCGCGGUCCGUUGCGGCGGGCAUCAACAGGCGCCCCGGACGGCGGCCUCUGAUUGCCAGGGCCAUCCAGACCGGCAGCGAGCAGGCCGUAGCGAGCGAGGGCAUGCGGAGAAGGCCGGAGACCGCUGCGAGCGUAGGCGAAAUGGCGGCGGCACCGAACGCCGAUGCCCCACCCACGCAAGCAACCGAUGACUCCUCGCCGCGACAGCAGAUUUACCGCCAGGUGGGCACCGAUGGUCGAGAGGUGCUGCGCUCCACGAGCGUCACGCAGCCCAUCGCUCCUCUGAGCCUGUUUGCCGACGAUCCGGCACCCGACGUCAGCUCUGCCGGCGAAGGCGAUGCUGAUCCACGGACCAGACCAGCCACCUCCCCCUCUGCGACCUCGACGCCUCGACGCCGGGUCAAGGCGCCGCGCCUGCAGCACCAGCGCGUGCUGGUAACGACGCGCUGGCUCUCGGAUACGGUCGUCUCGCUGUUUGACAAGGUGGUCGGUUCGCUGCUCUACGCCAUCGUCACGCUGCGGCUGCCCACGCUCUCGCCCACCAGCCUUCCGCCGGUCCUCUCACUCCUCAGCCUCCGAUCCGAGCUCUCGUCGCUCACAUCGAUCUGGUCCAAGGCCAGGGCGAGCGUCGAAUGCCUGGAAUUCGUACGGCGGCGAUGGGGCGUCGAGCUGACCGAUCGGCCCGACACGGAUCCCUACGGCGACGAGGCGGCAUCGUCGGCGGGGGGAGGGGGAGGCAAGUGGGGCAAGAGGUACAAGUGGAUGUCGACCGACGAGGUGACGUGCAGCAUCUGCUUUGAACUGACCCGACCGGAGUUUGCCCGGCCGCGCUCGGGGGCCGGCGACGAAGCGGGCCGCAAGUGGCCAUUCUGCCGGCUCGACUGCGGCCACGAGUUGCACGACACCUGCCUCGUCGCCUGGCUGACCAACCAGGCCUUUUGCCCGACGUGCCACUGCGUCCUGUCCUUUAGCCCGCCGCCGCCGCCGUCUCCGACCAGUGCUCGCCGCGCUCAGGCAUCGCCGACGUCCCCGCCGCGCGCCGCGCGGGGAAGCGAGGGGAGGGCAUGA